AUGAGGAAUCACACAUCAGUAACUGAGUUCCUCCUGAUGGGAAUUCCUCAUACAAAAGGGCUGGAAAAUGUGCUCUUUGUCUUAUUUCUGGCUUUCUACCUGCUCACUCUGCUGGGGAACCUGCUCAUCCUUCUGGCCAUCCUUCCUUCCUCCAACCUCCACACCCCCAUGUAUUUCUUCCUGGGAAACCUGUCAGUAUUUGACAUAUUUUUUCCUUCAGUGACUUCACCCAAAUUGAUGCUCUACCUAAUGGGGCAAAGACACACCAUCUCUUACCAGGGCUGUGCCUGCCAGCUCUUCUUUUACCACUUCCUGGGCUGCACUGAGUGCUUCCUCUACACUGUGAUGGCCUAUGACCGCUUCGUGGCCAUCUGUCACCCUCUGCAAUACACGGUCAUCAUGAGCCAUCGGGUGUGCACCACCCUGACUCUAGCCACCUGGCUGGGGGCCUCUCUGCAUGCAUCUGUUCUCACGUUCCUCGUCUUUAAGUUACCCUUCUGUGGCCCCAAUGAGGUGAAUGAUUUUUUCUGUGAUAUCCCGGUGGUGCUGCCCCUGGCCUGUGCAGACACCUCACUAGUGCACACGGUGAGUUUCAUCAAUGUGGGCGUUGUUGCGCUCGCGUGUUUUCUUCUUAUUCUCACUUCUUAUAUUUGCAUUGUCACCUCUGUAUUGAAGAUUCGUUCCUCAGAAGGCAGGUGCAGGGCCUUCUCAACCUGCAGUGCCCAUGUGACUUCCAUCCUGCUAUUCUACGGACCUGUGAUUCUCAUUUACUUCCGACCUGCCUCCAGCCCUUGGCUGGAUUCUGUGGUUGAGGUGUUGAAUAAUAUUGUCACCCCUUCCCUGAAUCCUUUGAUAUAUACCUUGAGAAACAAGGAUGUGAAGCUGGCACUGAGAAAGGUGCUAAUUCAAGGAGUAGGUAGUGGUGUGGAGUAA